AUGGUGCAUUAUCCUGUUGGUAAACACCAUCCCCCGCAGNGUGAACAAUCUCUUAAACCUGAACCAUUUUCUAAAGUUUGUAAUGACCAGCCCUGUCCCAUUACUUACCGAUGGGAUGUGUCAGAGUUUGGAAACUGUUCUCAAGAAUGUGGAGGUGGUCUGAAAACACGACAAAUUAAAUGCAUCUCGCUGAAAGAUGGUGAAGAAACGUCUUCAACUCGAUGUCCUGGCCAGCCACCGAAAACUUCUGACACAUGCAAUGCGUUCGAUUGUCCACCAGCAUGGAAGGCAGAAUCCUGGAGCAAAUGUUCAAGAAGCUGUGAUGGAGGUUUCCAAACACGAAAACUGCAUUGCGAAAAAAUCCUGGCACCUCUCAACCAAGCAAUUCAACUGCCACCUUCAAAGUGCCUUAAGACUAGGCCAAAAGCAGUCAAGAAAUGCAAUUUGAAACCUUGUCCGCCUUUACCAAGAACGACAACCACCACGACUACGGAAAUGCCAGUAGCAAUUACCGAGAGUAGUAACAACACGGAAACUUUGGUUGAGUCUCCUUUUGACAAUGUCUUUGUUCAGAAAUAUCCGAACAG